ACUUCUUUCUGUCUCUGCACUUGCAUCAUCAUGGACGUGUGGACUAACAGAGUGUUUGGGAUUAUCAUCGCUCAGGUUCUGCUUCUCUCCAGCUCGUGCGGGACAAGAGGAGAAGAUGUGUGCGACAGAGCGCUGGUGUCCAAUCUGCCGCCGUCAUCCUUCAGGAGCUCGUCCCAGCUGUCCAUCAGCCAUGCGCCGGGUUUCGCCAAACUCAACAGGAGAGAUGGAGCUGGAGGUUGGUCGCCUCUCACCUCAGACAGGUAUCAAUGGUUGGAGGUGGACCUGGGGGAGCGGACCAGGAUCACUGCUGUUGCUACACAGGGUCGCUAUGGCAGCUCUGAUUGGCUGACGUCGUACCUGCUGAUGUUCAGCGACUCGGGACACAACUGGAAACAGUACAGACAGGAGGACAGCCUCGGGUCUUUUCCAGGUAACAGUAAUGCAGACAGUGUAGUUCAGUACAAACUGCAGCAGGCAGCGGUCGCUCGCUUCCUCCGCCUCAUCCCUCUGGACUGGAACCACAACGGGCGGAUUGGACUGCGCCUGGAGACGUACGGCUGUCCUUACACCUCUGAUGUGGUGAGUUUCAACAGCGACGGCAGUGCUCUGCUGUACAGGACGAGUCCCAGCUUGAAGAAAGUGUCCAGAGAAGUCGUCUCUCUGAAGUUUAAAACCCUGAGGAACUCUGGGACGCUGCUCCAUGCAGAGGGGCAGCGAGGACUCGGUCUCAGUGUGGAGUUAGAGCGAGGGAAGCUGCUGCUGCUGCUCAAGAAAGGUGAGACUUCAUCCUCCGAGCCUCAGGUUCUCGCUUCCCUCGGCAGCCUGUUAGACGAUCAACACUGGCACCGUGUUGUACUGGAGAGACGCAGCUCUCACCUCAACCUCACUGUGGACAAACACACUGAGAGGGUUCAAAUCCCUGCUGUGUUUGACCACUGGGACAUUGAACAGCUGAGUGCAGGUGCAGUCCAGAAAACAGUCUUCUCAAAGAGGAGCUUCCACGGCUGCCUGGAAAACCUGCUCUACAACGACCUCAACUUGUUAGAGCAGGCAAAGCAAAGUGACAGCAGAGUUACUCUAAUGGGCAAUGUGACCUUUUCUUGUGCUGAGCCAAUUUCCGUUGCCGUGACGUUUUCCGGCCCCCAGAGUUUUCUGCAGCUGCCUGGGGCGACUGCUCCCUCUUCAGGGGGCGUGUCCGUAGGGUUUCAGUUCAGGACGUGGAACAAGGCCGGGCUUCUGCUCACCUUUGAACUCUUGCAGCAAGGUGGAGUCGUCUGGCUGUACCUGAGUGAGGCCAGGCUCCGCCUACAGAUCCAUAAGACUGGCCGGGCUCUGCUGGAGCUCAGCACAGGUUCUGCUUUGAAUGAUGGGCAGUGGCAUUCAGUGGAGCUGGACUUCAGCGGAGGACGUCUGACCAUCGCGGUGGAUAAAGAGGAAGGAGGCGGCGCUCACGCCGGCUCUUCUUUCCCCGUCGCCGCAGAGAGUCGCCUCUUCUUUGGUGGUUGUCCCGCUGAGGACGACAGUCAGCAAUGCAGAAACCCCUUCCACGUCUUCCAGGGCUGCAUGCGUCUCUUCACUGUGGAUAAUCAGAACGUGGACCUGAUCAAGGUUCAGCAAAAGAAGCUGGGGAACUACAGCAACCUCCACAUUGAUAUGUGUGGAAUCAUCGACAGGUGUUCUCCCAGCCGCUGUGAACACGGCGGCCGCUGCAGUCAGUCGUGGACCGUUUUUCACUGUAACUGCACCGACAGCGGCUACAGCGGAGCGACCUGCCACAGCUCUGUGUACGAACAGUCCUGCGAGGCCUACAAACACAACGGCAACACGUCGGGGCUUUUUUACAUCGACGUCGACGGCAGCGGACCAAUCAAACCACAGCUGGUCUACUGCAACAUGACAGAGGAGGACACAUGGAUGGUGAUCCAGCACAACAACACAAACAUGACCCAAGUGCGACCGUCUCCAGGUGUCAACCAGCACUUGGUUCACUUUGACUACUCAGCGGAGGAGGAGCAGCUGACGGCUGCCAUCAGCCAAUCAGAAGACUGCGAACAGGAACUGUCCUACCACUGCAGGAAGUCCCGCCUCCUCAACACUCCAGAGGGUUCUCCGUUCAGUUGGUGGUUCGGCGGCAGUGAUUCCGGUCUCCUUCAGACUUACUGGGGCGGCGCUCAACCAGGCAGCCGUCAGUGUGCGUGCGGCCUGCAGGGCGACUGUGUGGACCCACAACACUACUGUAACUGUGACGCCGACCACAUGGAGUGGACUGAAGACUCGGGCCUGGUCAUUCAUAAGGAGAACCUCCCCGUCAGGUCUCUGGUUCUGGGUGACGUCCAGAGGCCGGGGUCAGAGGCUGCCUACCGAGUGGGGCCGCUCCGUUGUCAUGGAGACAAGAGUCUGUGGAACGCUGCCUUUUUCGACAAGGAGACGUCGUACCUCCACUUUCCCACCUUCCACGGAGAGCUGAGUGCAGACAUCUCCUUCCUGUUUAAAACCACGGCGUCCUCUGGUGUGUUCCUGGAAAACCUCGGCAUCAAAGACUUCAUCCGCAUCGAACUGAGCUCCUCCACUCAGGUGCUUUUCUCCUUCGACGUGGGCAACGGGCCACUGGACGUGCGCGUGGAAGCGACCGCCCCGCUGAACGACAACCGGUGGCAUCGAGUCCGAGCCGAGAGGAACGUCAAGGAGGCCUCGCUUCGCCUGGACGACCUCCCCGCUGCCACGCAGAAGGCUCCUGCCGACGGACACUUCCACCUGCAGCUCAACAGCCAGCUCUUCAUCGGAGGCACGGCGUCCAGGCAGAAGGGCUUCAGAGGCUGUAUUCGCUCUCUGCAGCUGAACGGCGUCACCCUGGACCUGGAGGAGAGGGCCAAGAUCACACCCGGGGUGCGACCCGGCUGCCCGGGUCACUGCAGCAGCUACGGCUCGCUCUGCCAGAACCAGGGCCGCUGUGUGGAGAGAGCCAACGGCUUCCACUGUGACUGUGGCCAGUCUGCCCACACCGGAGUCUUCUGUCAAACAGAGGUGUCGGCGUCCUUCAAGUCUGCCACGUCUGUCAGCUACACCUUCAAGGAACCGUAAGAGCUAAUGAGGAACAGCAGCGCUCUGCCGUCCUCCAUCUACUCGGACUUGACACUGAGAGGAGAGAACGUCUCCCUGAGCUUCAGGACCAACCAGAGUCCGGCUCUGCUGCUCUACAUCAGCUCGUAUUACAGGGAGUACAUGGCCCUGCUCAUUAACAAGCACGAUAAACUGGAGGUGAGAUACAAAUUGGACGGCAGCAGAGAGCCAGAAGUGUUGAGGAGCAAAGUGAGGAGUCUGGCCAACGGACAACUGCACACUGUGACCGUCAGGAGACUGAGCGACUCCGUGUCUGUGCAGAUUGACCAAAAUGCCAGAGAAGACUUCAACCUGACGUCUGACGAGGAAUUCAACGCCAUCAAGUCACUGGUGUUGGGCAGAGUGCACGACGCAGAGUUGGACCCAGACCUGGCCCGGCUGGCGUCGCUCGGUUUCGCCGGCUGUCUCUCAGUCGUCCGUUUCAACGGCAUCAGCCCGCUGAAAGCUGCGCUGCUCCACCCGGACACCAGCCCCGUAGUAAUCACCGGACCUUUCGUCGGGUCCAGCUGUGGUUCUUCAGCCUCAGCCAACGCGCACACAGCCGACAACAACCACCACCUGUCAGACCAGUCUGGUUCAGUGGGUUCAGGUCAACCUUUAGUAAAUGCCGUCAGGACUGACUCGGCUCUGAUUGGAGGUGUAAUCGCCGUGGUGAUCUUUGCGGUCGUGGCCGGCCUGGUGAUCGCCGCCAGAUUUAUCUACCGACGGAAAGACACGUAUCGGAAUCGGGAAGCGAAGGGAGUGAAACGCGAGGACAGCCCAGAUUUCCCCUUCAACAACCAGACUGACUCCCAGCACAUGUCCGGCCAACACCAAAAGGAAUAUUUUAUUUAAGUGGAGGUGUCGGGACCUGGUGGGGAUUUUUUUUUUUGUCCUGCCAACGCCUCAGGACGUGACGCUGCACUCAGAGACGUGGCUCUGCAGCAGAACACUUCACACAGAUCUCCUUACUUUUCUCUACAUUGUGAACACUGACGCAAACGGGCAGCAGUGUUGGACUUCAAGGUGUCAGUGUUCCUCGUUUCAUGUGUACAUAUUGGACGUUGUAAAUUCCGGAUUAAUGCAUUUGUAAUAAUCUGAUUAAUGUCAUUUUUGUCAUAUUGAAAUGUUAAAUAGUGCAGGUAUCGGUAUUUUCAUGGUGUACAUGCAGGUGUGUGUGUGUACAUGCAUGUGGUUGGAAUAUAUAUCAAUUUCAGAGGGCCACAUACAGCACAAUUUGAUCUCAAGUGGGCCGGACCAGUAGAAUAAUAGCAUAAUAACCUGUAAAACAACAAAUGUUUCCCUUUGCUUUACAGUUAAUGACGUGAUAUUUUCUCCAGAAAAGUGCAAUUUCAACAACAACAAUGUCAAUUGUGUAAGUUCUGCACAGCAAACGUGGAGUGAGUGGACACCAGUGUAAGGAGAAAGCCCACAGACAUGGGGAGAACAUGCAAACUCCACACCAGGAGCCUUGUUGCUGUCAGUAAAAGACUCAUCUCGCCAGAACUGCAGUGAAAGUUAAAGAUAACCAGGGUUUCUAGCGUUUCCCCACAACGUUUAUGGCAGGAACUUGUUUGUGAGCAACUGGUGUUUCUGUUUACAAGCUUCACUACGAUGGUUUUGGUUUGGAGCAGGGGAAGGAAACGCAGCAAUGUACGUAAAAAGGCUGCUGCUGCUGCAAGACACGCCAACUAUAAUUACACGGUUGUAUCAGAUGGCUUUUAAUUUCACUUAGGGUUGAUGGAUUUAGCUCGCCCUCACAAAGCUGCCUCAGCCGUUUUUGAGCACAGUGGGGAAACGAUUAACAAGUCGAGAAGGUUCAAUGUACAUUUAUCCGUAAGCCAACAAGAAGAAUCCCCAGAGAAAUAGAGUUCGAUCAUCUUUAUCGUCACAGUUGCACAAAUCGCUGCGACAGGUUUCAUUAAAGCUACAGUAAACUUUUCUUGGGCACUUUGUCAGUCAGAGCGCUGGUGUAUGAAUAGUUACCCCGGUGUUUUAAAUCUCACAGAAAGUCAUUUAUAUUUAAGCAUCACGCACCACAGGUUUAAAGCAGCUCAGAUUUCUGACGCAGGCAUAUAAAAGUUGUCUCUCUGCUGCCAGUGUAACGCACAUUUUCCAUUGUGAAGAACUCAAGCCGUUCCCGUCACACAAGCUCUGCCUCUGGAGUGCAGAUUUCUUCUCUUUCCCAUUGUUCAAGUUGUCCACACAACAGUGAAACCGACGCUGCUGUAGUCUGGAUCUGUUCAUAUGUACACGUUGAUGACCGUGAAUGUUUCCUGACGUGACACUUUUGAGAUUUCUGAGCCUCAAUCAGCGCAGAGGUGGACUGGCACUGACAUUUAGUACGGUCUUUAUUGUCAAACCACAUGUGGUUCACUUAAAAACCAUUAUAUCUGGGGGGUUUUUUCCCUUCGACUACCACUUGAAAGUUUCCUGGUGCGUGUCGCACGCUCACAGCUCUCUGAAUGUCUAAAGCUUUUAACUGUGACAGCAGCACCUCGUUGACUACGCGCAGAGAUGGUUAAUGUGUUUUUCAAACGCUAAUCCGCCUCCGUCUGACAGGUGCAUUGCGACCCGAUAGAGAGCAGCAACGUGAGAUUAUCCGCGAUGAAAACGCACCGAUAUUAGCAGUGAAAAUGAAGCGAAUCCCUCCACGUGUGUAAAGAAAGAGGAUCGACAGCAGCUGCUCAUCAAAUACACCAGUGUUUUCUCUCCGAGACACCAAAGAGCUGAUGGGAUUUUAAUGACACGAGUGGUUUAAGCUUAAAUUGCCUCUCUGGAAGAAAACUCACACAAGUGUUCUUCAUGUAAAGAUGAAGUGGCGAGCGGCUCCUGCCUUGAACGCGCGUUCGUAGACGCAGUUCCAAGAAAUCUAACGCUAAUCCUUACAAACCGCUCCAAGAAAGAGGAUUAACACAUCACCCCGUGAAAAUAAGAAUCAAGGUUCUCAUGUCAGAACCCAGUAAUAGAGGUAAUGUAUGCAGCACACACACACACACACACUGUUUAUCAAGCAAGAGUUUGUUGGUGGUUUAAAUUUGUUUUACUAUUUCUUGUCAAGAGUUUUCAGUGUAGCUAUAAUAGUGUGAUGGUACAAACUGUUUAUUGGUGAGUAACAGUGAGUCUGAGUGAAUUUUAAAAACAACAAAAUCCAGAAUGUUUUAAACUAUUUUCUGGUCGUUUCAUUACGGACAAAAGUUUGAUGAAAAUUAAAAUGUGUUUUUCAGAGA